AUGAUUGGACCAAUGAAGAUGAGGACGAUCAUUCAUGCAAGGAUGAACGCAUUGAUCAUCGUAUGCAGCUGCCUUUGCAUCACUUUUACCGGAGCCUCGGAUAUAGAAAAGUUGCUCCAUCAGAAGCUCUUCAAGAACUACAACAUGAAAGUCAGGCCUGCUCGGAACUGGGAGGAUAAGGUUAUGGUACGAGUGGGAAUGACGCUCUCUCAGCUUGUCAGCUUGAAUGAGAAGAACGAAGAAAUGACGACCAACGUGUUCAUGAAUAUGGCAUGGAUAGACUACAGGUUAUCAUGGAAACCUGAGGAAUAUGACGACAUUGCAGUUUUGAGGAUUCCUCCGAACAAGGUGUGGCGGCCUGACAUCUACCUCAUUAACAAUAAUGAUGGCCAGUUUGACGUGGCUCUGUACGUCAACGUCUUGGUUUACAGUGAUGGGACAGUCAACUGGCUUCCCCCAGCCAUCUACCGCAGCUCCUGCUCUAUAGAGGUAUCGUACUUUCCAUUUGACUGGCAGAAUUGCAGCAUGGUUUUCCGCUCGUACACCUACGACGCCUCUGAGGUGGAACUGCAGUACUUUCUGGACGAGGAAAAUAAAGAGAUUCAGGAGAUUGUUAUUGAUGAGAACGCUUUCACUGAAAACGGAGAAUGGGCAAUCUGUCACAAACCCUCCAGAAAGCACAUUAAGGAGGACUUGUACGAGGACAUCACUUUCUACCUCAUUAUUGAGAGGAAGCCUCUUUUCUACAUCGUCAACAUCAUCAUGCCCUGCAUCCUCACCAUGGUGUUGGCUAUAUUUGUCUUCUACCUGCCUCCUGGAGCAGGAGAGAAGAUGACUCUUUCCAUUUCGGUUCUCAUCGCUCUGACUGUUUUCAUGCUCUUAUUGGCGGACAGGGUCCCUGAGACUUCCCUUGGAAUCCCAAUAAUUGUCAACUACGUCAUGUUCACCAUGAUCCUGGUUACUUUCUCUGUCAUCCUAAGUGUUGUUGUCAUCAAUUUACACCACCGAACGCCCAGUACACACAUUAUGCCCAACUGGGUUCGAACGGUAUUCAUUCACUUCCUGCCUAAGUACAUCGGCAUGGCAAGGCCAAAACCAGAAGAACCUAUGUUGAAAGAAGAUUCUAGUGAUGACUCUCCCAACCCAUUCUUCAAUGGUAGGCAGCCUGGAGGAGAGUACUUCUUUCGCAAGAUCAACCCUGAUCUCGUCCUGCCGUGGAGAGAAAGGUCUGAGAGCCCAGUGCAGCUCCAGCGGCUCCCGAACACUGACCGCUUUUGUCUGAUCCUCCCCCCCCACCUGAAGUCAGCCAUCGCUGCGGUGACAUACAUGGCCGAGCAGCUAAAGAAGCAGGACACGGAGGACACGAUAACAGGAGACUGGCAGUACAUCGCCCUCGUGGCGGACCGCCUCUUCUUCUGGCUGUUUGUCAUCAUCACCACGCUGGGCACCUUGGCCAUGUUCUUGGACGCCAGUUUUAACUACACCCCCGACAACCCCUUCCCAUAG